CUGCCCUAAUAAGAAUGACAGCGCGUGAGGAGAGAGAGGGCAAUGGUGAUCCCUCCCAGAGUUCGUGCAGCACUCUCGAGCGCUCGCAUCUCACUGCUCCUCGUUUGCGUCUGCUGCUCAAAACUCUUACCAAGCUCCGGGUGAUCUGGCCCUCUACUCUCGUCUAACGGUUAUGGACAGUGCUAAGGAAAUAAUGAUGCGCGCCGAAGGUAGUCAAGUUGGCACACUUUCUGCCAAAACCGGCUCUAAUUUGACGGAAGCUCCUGGAGACCCCCUGCGCAAGCUACCGGACAAACCGAUUACCCAGAACAGACUCAGUCCCUUGCCUUAUUCGCAAAGCUCAGUGGAUGACGCGACAAAAGGACACCGUAGUGCAAAGUACGGAGAUGUAACACUUUCUAGCAAGCCUUCCUUGCCGGACAUAGACCUGUCAGACAUCCCUAACAAAGACGCUAGCAGCUCAGAUGCGGAAUCAGACCUUUAUGAGGAAAUAGAUGUCAGCUGUACUCCAGAAAGCAUGGAUUAUCCAAACGGACAAGGAUUGGCAAUGGGCUCGCCGAAGCACGGAAAGGAAGUCGGUGUGGACAAGAUUGGCUCAGUCCCCGGUUCUCUCAACUAUGGCUCUGACCAGAUGCGAAGGUAUCGAACAGCAUUCACGAGGGAGCAGAUAGCUCGACUGGAAAAAGAGUUUUACCGGGAAAAUUAUGUGUCCAGGCCACGCAGAUGCGAGUUGGCGGCUGCCUUAAAUUUACCUGAAACCACAAUAAAGGUUUGGUUUCAGAACCGUCGCAUGAAGGACAAGAGACAGCGUCUGGCUAUGACCUGGCCGCAUCCUGCCGACCCCGCCUUUUACACCUAUAUGAUGAGCCAUGCUGCAGCAACGGGCAGUCUGCCCUAUCCAUUUCAAUCUCAUCUUCCCCUUCCUUACUAUUCUCCACUAAGCAGUGUGACUGCAGGUUCAGCCACUGCCACUGCGGGUCCAUUCUCAAAUCCCCUGCGCUCGCUGGAUAGUUUUCGGGUGCUUUCGCAUCCAUACCCGCGACCUGAACUGCUGUGCGCCUUCAGACACCCAUCACUGUACCCCAGCCCGGGUCAUGGGCUUGGUCCCGGUGGAAGUCCAUGCUCCUGCCUUGCUUGCCACGCUUCCAGUCAAACAAACGGGCUCCAACAUAGAUCCAAUAAUGCAGAAUUCUCGUGUUCGCCCACGACCAGGACUGAGGCCUUCCUCACUUUCUCGCCAGCAGUCAUCAGCAAAUCAUCUUCGGUGUCUUUGGACCAGAGGGAGGAAGUGCCACUAACUAGAUAAGCAAAGCGCAGUUGGCCACGGUUUUUUCUGGUAUUAUUCGGAUCAGCUUUGGGCACUUUGGCAGUAAUCUAUAAGUCAACGCAUGAACUACUCAAAGCAGCUUGCACAAAACUAUGGCAAUCAGCUUUAGUAAAGGUUUCCAAAUUGUGGAUGUUUUCCAAUUUAGAAACUACAUGUUGUGCAGACAGAGACCAUUUUAACAGGACACGGACCUUUAAAUAAUCUUUAAAAACAUUUGAUAGUGCUCAAUAUCAUAUUAACUCUAAUACAUUUUGAGUCGGCUACACCCUAUACACAAAACUGUAAUGGGAUACAAGAAAACGUCUGUAAAGAUAUUAUUGGAGGAGAGUGCAGAAAUCUGUCAUAAUUUAUACACUUUCAUACCCAUACAAAUUGACCCACAUGCAGUUUCUUUCACAUUAAACGAUGUUUUUCAUCUAGCUUUUUUAACAAGGGGAUUUGUUAACCGAGCACGGUUGGCUCAUUAUUCCUCCUCCACGAACACCCGGUCCCGGCAGCACACCGAAAUGUGCAGAUGCGAGGGAAAUUAAGGAGUGAUGUAUUCGGAAGGGAGAAAUUUUGAAUGUUGAAUUAAUGAUAAUGCUGCACGUUCAGAGACUUGUCUGCCAAACCGGUAACAAGGCGUCAGGGGAUCGGAUUAAGAAGCUCCAUGCGAGGCUUGCUGGCUUGACGGGAGAACAUGCGCUAGAGACCCAUUGGACAAUCACACGCGGCAAAUUGGGGCAAGCCAGCCAUGCCUGUCUUACCCCAAUACCUUCAACUGAAUAACCCCAUCCCGAAACGUCUCUUUCUUGCCCUGAUGUCGGCUUCACCAUGUCUCUGAGACACACAAUACAAUAAAUCCAUGCAUAAGUAAAAUAACAAAUUAAUCAACAUAAGUGGCAUUAUUUAUUGACUGUAUUUUCUUACAAUGGUGUAUUUUAAAUUCAACUUUGCAUUAAGUUCUUUAAUGUACAGUUUACAUAUUCAUAAUCUGGUAAAUUAGGUUGAUUUCUGGUUAUGGAAAAAGCGCGAAAAUGGGUCAGCAGUGUUCUUAUUAAAAUGAAUUUCAUAAUAAAUCAAUUCAAAAAGUGA